AUGUUUCUCUUGAGGCAGAACAUCUCGAAGCAUCACGCGAGCAGCGACGCCGCUCCGAGAACCGCCGGACGCAAACCGAACUCUGAUGACUCGAAGAGGCAGAUGCGACGAAAACCCAGCUGCAUUGAAAAUUUAUCAUCGGUCGAUCGGAUCCGCAAACAUGCGACCAGACAUUUGGGCUUCAGCACGCUCAGCCUGGCCAUGCGAGGUCUGGAGGAGACACCGGACGAACUGUGGGAGCUCCAGGAGCUCCAGAAGCUCAACCUCUCCUUGAACGCUCUCUCCGCUCUCCCGUCCGGUUUGGGGAAUCUGGAGAACCUGGUGAUCCUUAACCUGUGGGGGAACGAGCUGCUCAGCCUCCCGCCGGAGAUCGGACGACUCGGGAAGCUCCGCGUGCUCUUCGCUCACAGGAACCGUCUGAGCGACGUUCCAGAGGAACUUGGACUCUGUGCCAACCUGGAGGUCCUGAGUUUGGCCAACAAUCAGAUCAGCGUGCUUCCCAACAGCCUGUCGGAGCUCCGCAAGCUCACCAAGCUCAACCUGAGCCACAACCGCAUCCAACACAUCCCGGCCUGCGUCUACAGCAUGAGGAGUCUUGUGUUCCUACAUCUGGCCAACAACCGUCUGGAGAACCUGGCUGAUAAGAUCCAGGAGCUGGUGAACCUGAAGAUCCUGAUCGUGGAGCAGAAUUCGUUGCAUGCCCUUCCCAGGACGCUGUGUUGUCUGACGGGGCUGGAGCUGCUUAACGUGGACUUCAAUGAGCUGCAGAGCGUUCCUGACGAGAUCUACAAGCUCCGGAGGCUGGAGAAGCUCGCCUGCCAUCCUCUGGAUAAAGGUCUGCAUAUCGUCCACAACCCGCUGGUCAAACCCAUUAAAGAGGUUCUGCAAGGAGGUCUGAAAGGACUUUAUAACUACCUCAAACCUGCAUGA